GAUCCGCUCUCAUCUAGACGGUAUACCGCUCUACGAGAGCCACUGUUUGAAUUUAUUCUCAUCUCUCCACACAUCCUGCUUCACUUUCUUCUCUCCGGAACUAGAAAAGCAGGCAAAAAACAUUUUUUAUUUACUUUUUCACGGACUGCACAACCAGGAAGAAUAAUCAUUUGAUAGAUAUGGUCCAGUAUACUUUCUGAAAAGCAUCUGGAAACUCGUUAAAUUGUGACAGCAAAAUCCGGAUAUUUCUGUUUGACUGCAAUUACAAAGCUGAUUAUAUUUAUUUAAUCACCAUGUCAUCAAAAAACACACCUGUGAAAAAAGUACCCAUUCACUUACAGAGUUCAUCAUCAAGGAUGCUUAUCAAAAAUGGAAAAGUAGUGAAUGAUGAUUUAUUUUUUGAUGCAGAUGUUUAUAUUGAAGAUGGAAUUAUCAAGCAAGUAGGAAAAGAUCUUGUCAUUCCUGGUGGCACUAAAGUCAUUGAAGCAAAAGGGAAAAUGGUUAUUCCAGGUGGCAUUGAUACUCACACACAUUUCCAGUUUCCUUUUAUGGGUACAGUAUCAGUAGAUGACUUUUACGUAGGAACAAAGGCUGCUUUAGCUGGCGGAACAACUAUGAUAAUGGACUUCGUUUCAAGUAAGGGGUCUUCCCUCCUAGAAGCUUAUGAUAAAUACCGAAGUUGGGCAGAUGAAAAAGUUUGCUGUGAUUAUAGUCUCCAUAUGAUAGUUUCAGACUGGAAUGAUAAAACUGAAGAGGAGAUGGAAAUUUUAACCAAAGAAAAGGGUAUAAACUCAUUCAAGAUGUUUAUGGCAUAUGAAGGUUUGCAAAUGUCUGAUAAAGAACUUUUAAAAAUAUUUGAAGUCUGUGCUAAAAAUGGAGCAUUAGCCCAAGUGCAUGCUGAAAAUGGUGAUGUCAUUAAUACAAAUACAGAAAGAUUACUGAAGUUGGGUAUCACUGGACCUGAAGGUCAUUUGUACAGUAGACCUGAAGAGAUUGAAGCGGAAGCUACAAACCGAGCUAUUGUUCUUGCUCACCAGGUUCAAUGUCCCUUGUAUGUUGUGCAUGUUAUGAGCAAAUCGGCUGGAGAUGUCAUAGCAAAAAUGAGACAAGAUGGUUAUCAUGUUUAUGGAGAAGCAAUUGCAGCUGCUUUGGGUACUGAUGGAAGCCAUUACUUUCGUAAAUGUUGGCAACAUGCUGCUGCAUUUGUUAUGUCUCCACCACUGCGACCAGAUUCUUCCACACCUCGAUAUUUAGCCCAACUUUUGGCUAGUGGAGCAUUGCAGGCAACUGGAUCAGAUAAUUGUACUUUCAAUUCUGCUCAAAAAGGCCUUGGAUUGAAAGAUUUCUCUAAAAUUCCAAAUGGAAUCAAUGGUGUUGAAGAUAGGAUGUCAGUUUUAUGGGAAAAGGGUGUUAUGUCUGGUCUUUUGGAUCCAUGCCGCUUUGUUGCUGUUACUAGUACAAAUGCUGCCAAAAUAUUCAAUGUUUAUCCUCAAAAGGGUCGUAUUCAAGUUGGAUCAGAUGCUGACAUUGUAGUAUGGGAUCCCCAUUCAAGCAGAAUUAUAUCAGCCAAAACUCAUCACCAUGCCGUUGAUUUUAAUAUAUUUGAAGGUAUGGAAUGCCGAGGAAUACCAGUUCAUGUGAUAUCAAGAGGAAAAUUAGUUGUAGAAGAUGGUGAACUCCAUGUUUCUCAAGGAUCUGGACAUUUCAUUCCUAAUCAUCCAUUUUCACCUUACGUAUUUGCUUGCCUACAGCAACGAGAACUUUUCCCCCCUGCUGUACAAAGAGAAGAUGGAGAUGCUCCAGAUGGGGAAAUUCCGACAACUCCGAUGAGUGCAUCUAUACCUCGUGAGUAUGUAAUGCAUGCAAAGAAUAGUCCAGGGGAAUUUCAUACUCGUCCUCCAACCAGAAGUGGUGGACGUAAUUUACAAGAUUCAUCUUUUAGUCUAUCAGGUGCUCAAAUUGAUGAUGCUAAAGGUCACCGUUUAGGCAUUAGAGUAAAUAAUCCACCAGGAGGUCAUUCUUCAGGCUUGUGGUAAAAUGAUUUUAAAUGUACAAUAAAAAUUACUAUUUGAGUUUUAAAUAUGCUGCUCCUUAAAUGACAUUGGACUGAUUCACUAAAUGUAGCAGCUUUUUUUUUGUAUAAAAUAAACACAUUUUCGCUGUCUACCAGAACUUAUUUCACUUAUCUAAAUUGAUGGAAUAUUGUUUCUUAAAUUUAUCAUCUUCAUUUUGUAUUAAUUUGUUGUUGUAAUUUUACCCUGUUGAUUAGUUUCAAUUUUUAACGUUUGUUGAAUGGCAACUUUGUUAUUCAGUUCUCGCUGUUUUAUUUGUUAUUGUAUAUUAGUAUUAUGAAACAUAUUGUGACGAACCUUUUUAUAAGCUUUCUAGUUAAUGUGAUAUUUCUGUAUAACAUGUUAAUUUAAAUUAGAGAAAUAAAACAGUUUUGUUAAUUAUAUAAUACUAAAUGCUUGUAAAUCUGUGUUGUAAACCUAAUGUUGCAUUUUUAUAUCAAGUUUUUGAUAGUGCAGUCUUAAGUCAUAUCAUAAUUAUUUACAUCAAGCUUAAUUAUUCCUGAACUCUUGUUCUGCACAAGCUAAAAUACCUUAUUGUAUUACUAAAAGUUUUGUUUGCAUGUUUAUUCUUGUGAAAUUGGUGCUUUAUAUUCAACAACUCGUAGUUGGCUUGCUAUAUGUUAAUUUUUAAGUUUUAAAUAAUUGCUAUAUCUAAAUAUAAUAUACUAUUAUGCAAAAUGUUUAUCAAAUUGUCUGUAUAGAUUGCUUUAUUUAUAAAUUUUUAGCUUUAACUGACUAAAGCACAUUUUGUAAAUGCUAACUUAUCCAAUUUUAUUCUCAUGAAAUUGUUAAGCAUAUUUUUUAAAAAAAAAAUACAAAUAUAUAAUUUUAUGAAUAUUGACAAUAUAAAAUUACUGAUUGUUUCGAUCUAAUUAAGUUUAACUUUUGCUAUCAAGAGGAACAAUUUUUCAGAAUUAUUUCUUUUUAUGUCAAUACUUAAAAAAAAAAAAUUUAACAAUUAUGUGAUUCUGUUUAAUAUUGGUUUUAGAAGUACUUCAUAAACUUUAUUUAGUUGAAUAUAAAAAUUUAUGCAUUUUGUUAAAAUAUUUCUUAAUGAUAAUAAACUUAACAAAAUAAUGGGAGAGAAAAAAAUUCAAGUGAAACUGACUAAAUUUGAUGAAAUUAUACAAUUUAGCCAAAUGUAUUAACCACGGUAAAAAUUACAUUUCAUCUUAAAAAUAAAUUAUUUGCUUUUUUUAUAAAUACAUUAAAAUUGUUUGAAAUUUAAUUGAGUGCAAAUUGUUAUACUUUGUUGCUGUUCCGAAAAUGUUUGUUCAGUUUCUUAAAAGUAUUAUGCUUGUUCAAAAUUAUGAAUACUAUAGAAAUUGUUAUUUAAAUAAAAAUAAUUUAGUAUUUAAUUUAUAGCAAGUCACCAUUGUCUUGUUAAUUGAAAUCAAAAUUUGCAAUAUUUUAAGAAACUUGAUAUUGAGGCAAAUUUCUGUCUUAUGGUUGCAUUUAUUUCUUACGUUACAAAUGUUUGUUUGUGUUACUUUUUACAAUUUAUAUAAAUACUAUGCAAAAGUGUUAUUCUCCUGCUAAUUGCAAAAUAAAUAGAAACAAUGUC